AUGUUCUUAGGCUAUGAGCUCAUCAUGUUCUUAGGCUAUGAGCUCAUCAUGUUCUUAGGCUAUGAGCUCAACAUGUUCUUAGGCUAUGAGCUCAUCAUGUUCUUAGGCUAUGAGCUCAUCAUGUUCUUAGGCUAUGAGCUCAUCAUGUUCUUAGGCUAUGAGCUCAUCAUGUUCUUAGGCUAUGAGCUCAUCAUGUUCUUAGGCUAUGAGCUCAUCAUGUUCUUAGGCUAUGAGCUCAUCAUGUUCUUAGGCUAUGAGCUCAUCAUGUUCUUAGGCUAUGAGCUCAACAUGUUCUUAGGCUAUGAGCUCAUCAUGUUCUUAGGCUAUGAGCUCAUCAUGUUCUUAGGCUAUGAGCUCAUCAUGUUCUUAGGCUAUGAGCUCAUCAUGUUCUUAGGCUAUGAGCUCAUCAUGUUCUUAGGCUAUGAGCUCAUCAUGUUCUUAGGCUAUGAGCUCAUCAUGUUCUUAGGCUAUGAGCUCGACAUGUUCUUAGGCUAUGAGCUCAUCAUGUUCUUAGGCUAUGAGCUCAUCAUGUUCUUAGGCUAUGAGCUCAUCAUGUUCUUAGGCUAUGAGCUCGACAUGUUCUUAGGCUAUGAACUCAUCAUGUUCUUAGGCUAUGAGCUCAUCAUGUUCUUAGUUGAAAGAGAAGUCGUUCAGAAGAGGACGUUCACACGAUGGAUGAAUCUGCAUUUGGAGAAGUGCACUCCUCCGAUGGAGGUGAAUGACCUGUUCAGAGAUAUCCAGGAUGGAAGGAUACUCAUGGCUCUGCUUGAGGAACUGUCUGGAUGCAAGCUGCUUCAUGGAUGGAAGCAGUCCUCACAUCGUAUCUUCAGACUGAACAACAUCGCUAAGGUCCUUACCUUCCUGGAGGAGAGAAAUGUGAAGCUGGUCAGUAUUGACGCUGCAGAUGUUGCCGAUGGCAACUCUUCCAUCGUUCUUGGACUCAUCUGGAAUAUCAUCCUGUUUUUCCAGAUCAAGGAGCUGACAGGGAACAUUAAGAGUCAGUUCCCCUCGUCCUCUAGCCUCUCCUCGCUCCCCACCAGCUCAGACUCCGACACCUCCCACUCCAGCACGCCCUCCUUCGAGAGACCGCGCUCCAUCGCCAUGAGGGAUCAUGGGAAGCCCAUCAAGACGCUCCUGCAGUGGGUCCAGAGACGAACCAGGAAGUACGGUGUGGCGGUGCAGGACUUUGGGAAGAGCUGGACCAGUGGGCUGGCCUUCCUGGCUGUCAUUAAGUCUAUAGACCCCAGCCUGGUGGACAUGAGGAGAGCUCUGCUGAGGACAGCCAGGGAGAACCUAGAGGAGGCCUUCAGGACAGCCCACUACAGCCUGGGCAUACCCAGACUACUGGAUCCAGAGGACAUGACCAUCAAUCCUCCAGACGAGCAGUCCAUCAUGACCUAUGUGUCCCAGUUCCUCGAGCACUUUCCUGGGAUGGAGGAGCCCCAGGAAAAUGCAUCUGAUGUGAUACAGAGGAGUGUGUCGUCAGGCAGAAUCAGCUGUCGUGUCAACGAUUCCUCCCACGACCUGAGGAACGGCGUCCACCGGAGCCGGGACAGAGAGAGGCCCUACGUGGUCCGAAGAGACUGGGUCCGGCCCCCGCCCAAAAUCUUAAUCUCCUCCGUCUCCGAGGAGCUCAAGUCUCCCACUUCCCCGGUCGCGGUGGAGCGCUCCUGGGUCAACGAGGGCUCGUCGGUUGGGUCCACCCCCAGCCCUGUCUUCACUGUCUCCACCUCCAGCUCCCCGCAGCCCUCCUUCGUCGACUCGGUCAUCGGCUCUGUGUCUUGCGACUCACCAAUCAGUGACUCUGUCAUCGGUUCACCAGACUCCUGUUGGGAGGGCCAUCCAAACGAGGCAGUGACUCCAGACAGGUUCGUGGAGAGCCGUAGCGAUGGGUCGCUAUGCGACAGCGGGCUAUCCUGGGACAUGAGCAUCCCUCCCUCUACCCCCCACGGGGUCACGCCCGACUUGGAGGAGCCGUUGCCCUCAGUUACGGGGCUGACAGGGAAACCCCAGGAUGAGGAACAGGAAGUGAUUCUGGAGCUGUUUGUUGACGAGGGAAACUACUCUCUAAACUCGUUGGUGACCCCCGACCUGCAUGAAGAGCCCAAUCAACGGGACAGUGUCCCGGAGACAACAGACAGGACAACAGAAUGUGCCAAGAAGGAAACAGCGGAACCAUCUAGAGAUUCCAGGAAGGCUGGAAACCCUGAGGAAGAGUUAGCUAAGGAACGUUCUGAUAAAGCAGAGGGUCAAAGUGAUGUGACUGACAGAGUGGAGACGGAACACAGACAGACUACUUCUCUGUCAGAGAGGGACAGAGAUGGGAAGUGGUCCCUGGAGGGGUCAGAGGAAAGGCACAAGCAGGUCACAGAAGAGUCUGAAACACAAGAGAAGAUAACAGAUUUUCAGAGCGGCCAUGUAGAGUCACAGGAGAACACUACGACACAGGUUGAUGAUGUCACAGAGUCAACGCAUCCACAACCGUAUAUGGAGAUGGACCAGAGUCGGACCAUCCUGGGGGGCCCCUCAGAACAAUGUCUGGACCCGGUGGAGCAGAGCCAUACUGGGACAACUCCUGCCUGCACAGAUGGUGGGCAGAGUUCCACACUCCUAACAGAGGCCGGUAAGGAAUGGACCCUGAGCCCAGAGAUAGAAGCGGAGGCUGGGGAUGAAGACCUGUGUGGGUCUGGAGGUGGCUUGGUUGAGAGGGCUGGAAAGUGUGAGAGAGCCUCUUGUGUUGGAGAUGCUGACGUGAAUGUAGUAGCUCCUGAGGAGAAGAGAGUCACAGAAAAGGAACAUGACUGGGUGGAUGGGUCUGGGACCACAGACAACACAGAGACAGUAGUGGAGGUCCCCCAUCAAUGCAAGCCAGUUUCCAGUAUACCCCUUGACAUGGUGUACUACCCCUACUAUGUGGAGCCUAACCCUGGAUCGGUCCUCACUGGGCUGGUUCCUCAGUCUCCUCUCUUUGACACAAACACCCAGAGCCAGGCUAUACUGCAUAGCCAGGAGGAGAGAGACUCAGAGAAGGACACAGGGGAUCAUACUGAUGGCGGUCAUAGUGAGACAGAGGCCUCUGCUGUUGAAGAGACAAGGGACAAAAUGGCCGACACAGAACAGAGUGAAACCAAGCCUGUGAAUAUGACCCACACAGACACUGAGAGGAGGAGUGCUUUGGAGUCUGAAAGUGAACCAAUGGACUUGUUCUAUACAGACAGUGAUGCUGACGAGAGUUCUAGAUCGGCCGUUGAGGAGCCAAUGACAGUGAGCGACACUCUGGAGCCAAUGGAUCUGUUCUACCCGGAUACAGAUGAUUGUGGCCCUGUAGAGGAACCAGAGAACGACGUGGAGACCUCGCCGUGGUCCUCCUCCUUCAGCAAGUCAGUAGAGACCUGGCCCUCAACCUUCAGUGUGGCAGCUCUAAAACCAGCACCGUCCUCAGAACCAGAACCACUGCCAGAGACACACACAGACUCACACACACACAACACGCUGUAUCAAGAGGAACUCUGUGAGGUGUCAACCACACAGGAGCAGGAUAAGGAGAUUGAGGUGAGAGGGGGCUCUGGUGGAUCAGACCCCCAGGAACUGUGCUCCAUGCUGGGUGAGCAGACGGCGGGAGACGGUGCUGUGGUGGAGGUGGAGACCCACCAUGGGCCUGCUGAGAGCAGUGAUCUCACCAUGACUGACAAGGAGAGGCCUGGCUCUGCUGCUGCUGCUGCCAGAGAAAGCAACGAGACCGUGAGGUAG